UAAGUAAUUUUUUGUGUGUAGGGUUUUUUUUGGUAUAUUUAUUAAGUUAAAAAAAUAUACAAAUAGAAAUUAUUCAAAAAAAAAGUUGUUAAACAAACAUAAAAAAUGAAAUUCUUAUUGUGUUCGUUGUUAUUGGUGGCUACCGCCACUUUGGGUGUAUACGCCGCUGAGGAAAUCCAAAUCGAAGAUGGAGUCUUGGUAUUGACUGUGGACAAUUUCAAAGAUGCCAUUGCCAAUAACGAAUUCGUUUUGGUAGAAUUCUACGCUCCCUGGUGCGGUCACUGCAAAUCUUUGGCUCCCGAAUACGCUAAAGCUGCCCAAACCUUGGCUGAAAAGGAAUCCAACAUUAAGUUGGCUAAGGUUGAUGCUACUGUUGAAGGUCCUUUGGCUGAAGAAUACCAAGUACGUGGCUACCCCACCUUGAAAUUCUUCCGCAACGGUGCUCCCGUCGAAUAUACCGGUGGUCGUCAAGCUGCCGAUAUUGUUAGCUGGGUUAACAAGAAGACUGGUCCCCCCGCCAAGGAUUUGACCUCUGUCGAAGAAGCCGAAAAAUUCUUGAAAGACAAUGAGAUUGCCAUUAUUGGUUUCUUCAAGGAUCUUGAAAGUGAUGCCGCCAAGGCUUUCGUUGCCGCCGCCGGUGAAUUGGACCCCAUUCCUUUCGGUUUGACCAGUACCGAUGAUGUUAUCUCCAAAUACGAAGUUAAGGAUGGCGCUGUUGUUAUGUUCAAGCCUUUCGAUGACAAGAAGACCGUUUUCGAGGGUGAACUCAAUUUGGCCAACCUCAAGAAAUUCGCUCAAGUAGAAUCUUUGCCCUUGCUUGUUGAAUUCAACCACGAAUCCGCCUCCAAGAUCUUCGGUGGUCAAAUCAAAUCCCACUUGUUGUUCUUUGUCUCCAAGGAAGCCGGUCACAUUGAGAAGCACGUUGAACCCUUGAAGGAUCUUGCCAAACAAUACCGUGAUGAUAUUCUCUUCGUUACCAUCUCUUCUGAUGAAGAAGAUCAUGCCCGCAUCUUUGAAUUCUUCGGCAUGACCAAGGAAGAAGUACCCACCAUCCGUUUGAUCAAAUUGGAAGAAGAUAUGGCCAAAUACAAGCCCGAAAACAAUGACUUGUCCGCCGAAACCAUCAAAGAAUUCUUGCAAAAGUUCAUGGACGGCAAACUCAAGCAACACUUGUUGACCCAAGAAUUGCCCGAAGACUGGGACAAGAACCCCGUUAAGGUUUUGGUAGCCACCAACUUCGAUGAUGUUGUCAUGGACAAGAGCAAGGAUGUUUUGGUUGAAUUCUAUGCUCCAUGGUGCGGUCACUGCAAGCAAUUGGCUCCCAUCUACGAUCAAUUGGCUGAGAAAUACAAGGAUAACGAAUCCAUUCUCAUUACCAAGAUCGAUUCUACUGCCAACGAAUUGGAACACACCAAGAUCUCUUCAUUCCCCACCAUCAAAUUGUACCGCAAGGGAGACAACAAGAUUAUCGACUACAAUUUGGACAGAACUUUGGAUGAUUUCGUCAAAUUCUUAGAUGCUGGCGGUGAUCUUAAAUCUGUCGAAGAAGAAGAAAAGGUUGAAGAAGAAGAGGAACACAAGAAGGAUGAGUUGUAAAUUAUCCAUUUUCCAUACACCCAUACAUUCUCUGUAUAACACCUCUCUAUCGUCUAUCUUUCCUCCGCCCACCAUUGAAUUUUUUCAUUUAAUUUAAUUCCAACGUAAACAAAAACCCCUUCAUCUACCAACACCAAAAAACAUUUUAUGUGUUUUUUUUAUUAAUUUACUUGGUUUUUUAUUCGUUUUAAAGAAUUGCAUUUUUUGUUUGCAUCUUUAUAAAUACUAUAGCAGCAACAACAACAACUAAGCGGGAAUACUGGUUAAUCCUGCUGUUAAGUGUUUAAAUUUAGUUUUUUUUAUAACAAUAAAAUAACGAUUUAUUGUUAUUUUUUUAAAUAUAAAAUAAAAAAAAUCUUGCUUUCCGUUUUUUGUAAUAAGUUAUAAAUAAUAACAACAAGUUUUAAUUAAUUCUAUUUUUUAUAUAUGUAAUUAAAUUAAAAAAGAAAAAAAUAUUAAAAUUA